ACUCCACCGCUCAUGUAUGUGUUGAUCACGGUAUGACCCCCUCAGCCGCCAGGGAUGCUGGCGGUGGAGGUGCUCUUCCCCACGUCAGCAAAUUGGUACAGCUCACAUGUCGUCGAUGCCCUGCCAGAUGGGCGUGUGGUGGUGGCGACCAACCAGGCGGCCACGCUGCUGACCGCCUCAGACCGCCGUGUGCCGGGCCGCGCUGCGCUGCAGAGCCGGGUGUCAGGGGUGGCCAUCUCAGAAGAGCUCCUGGCGGCCUGCUGCACAGACCGGGUGGUGCACGCCUUACGUCCAAGCCUGGAGACCUUGGGGAUCCACAAGGAGCAUCAUGCUGAGCCAUCAGCCAUUGUCAAUUUAAAGGGGCUGGUGAUCUCAGGUGAUAAACGUGGGGCUCUCUGUCUUUGGACGCCACCAAGCAAAACAGUGGAAAGGCUGCUUCCCCAGAAGGAGUCGGUGAUCUCCCUGGCGGUGUCCACUCCCCGUCACUGCGUGGCCGUGGGGUACCACUCGGGGACGGUGGCCGUGAUCGCCUUGGAGAACCAUGGGGUCUUCUGCUUUCGUCUCCGUGCCAGCGUGCAGUCCCUCAGCUGGCUGCCAGACGGAACUGGGCUCAUCUCGGCAUGCCAAGAUCAAUCCGUGCAACUCUGGAGGCUCCAACCCUCUGGAGAGGAAGCAGAAGCUGAGAUUCAGAUCUCUCCAGCUGCUGGGCCACGAGAUGAGAGUAAGAGUUGGACUUCAGUUUGUGCCCUGAGUGAUUCUUUGAUCCUCUUCAGCGGGUCUCGUGGUGAGCUCUUCCUGUGGGAGGAAUCCAGAUCCAAACCCUGGAGAGCUGCUCCGGUACACACCAGACCCAUCUUCGGAUUGAAGGCCGUCGGAAGUGACCACGUCAUCACCACUGGUAUGGACCGCUUCAUCGUUCUCUGGACGGUGUCCUCCGGCUCUCCACCUCAGAUGAAGUGGAGGCUCUGCAGCUUGGGAGGCCAUGUGACUGCUCUCCGAGCUGAUCAAAACCUGGCCUGCCUAGGCUGUGGCGACAACAGCCUUCGAGUGAUGGACCUCAUGCACCGUGAGCACCGUCAACAUUGCUGGGUGGCUUGGAAGGGGCUUCGCACAGCAGUGACCAGCCUGGCUUCAAGUGGCCGUGGUGUUUGGGGGUACGGCCUGCAAGAUGGCAGUUUUGGAGUCUUGGCGAUCAACGACUCGGAAGGUGCUGGAGCGGCUGAGCCCCUUUGCACGAGGAGUCAUCCUGGCCCGGUCACGGAGGUCUGUUGGAUGCACCUGGGCGGAGCUGGCCAGGCAGUGCCGGACACUGCGCCCAUGAGUGCGGUGGCGGAGGAUGCCAAAGCUGCAAGCGGAGACAGCAAAGGUUCCAAGAAGAGCAAGGCUAAGAAGGAGGAGAAGAAGAACUGGGAGGAAUGCCGAAGUUCGAUUCAAGGCUUGGGCCUGGUUUCUUUGAGUGCGGGUCACAAAGUCUUCUACACGCCCGCGCAGGGCACGUCAGUCACUCUCCAGCUGCGGCCUGUCGGGGGAGUACCAGCUGUCCCUGGUGCUGCUUGUGUUUGGCCACUGGAGAAGCUUCCCAAGACAGGCGACGAAGUGCUGGUCGUUGCAGCCACGCAUCAGGCCGGGGAAGCCACUGUGGAGACCAACAGCUUCCAGUUCUUCCAAAUCGAAGGUGAGGAGCUUCGAUGCAUGGCUGUGAUGCCUGCCGAGGGCCUUGAGGGUGGUGCCAGCUGUAUGUCCCUGCAGUGUGAACCCACUCCUGCAACUGGCAAGAGGUCACGCUGCAGGCUGGCAUGUGGCACAAGCAAAGGAGGCCUUGUGGUCUUUCAAUUGAACUGGCCUCCCAACGGCAGCGGCACAGCGCAGAUGGUCCGGUCAGAGAGCGUGAACAUCUCACCACUUCCAGAGGUGGUGGCACGGAACUGCCACAGCAAGGCCGUGGCCGAUGUCCAGUGGCGACCCCGUUCAGACAAAGAGCAUCACCUUCUAUCGGCGGGACAGGAUGGUUUGCUGAAAAUCUGGUACUUUGAACCGAAGGAUGGUGCUUCAAAUGCUGCGCUGACUCUACGGAGUGCCUAUGCCUCCAGCGGUGCAUUGCUGGCGUGCUGGGACCCCAGUGAUGAAGACCCGGUGGUCUUGGCCGGUGGACGGGAACAACUCGCCUUCGCGUGGCGCCCGGAGGCCUCGACAGAGACCGCACCGAAGGAGGUCAUCGCGGAGGCGACCCGGUCCACACCUUCACGCGGACCUCGGGAACGCAAGGUUCAACCUGGCGCAAGCGUCAAGCAGGAGAAGUCCUCCUCCCUCCUGUCCUUGACCUCUGCGGCACUGUACCAACAGUCUUCCAAGGCCCGUGCGCUCGAACUGGCACGAGUAGCAGCCGAUGGUGAUGGGGAGCUUUGGUUUGGCGAAGGUCUCGCCACGGGCUGUGGGCUCAGAGCGAAGGGGAUGUGGAGCGAUGCUUCGCCCGGCCGGCGGAGUCGAACUUUGACUGAAGCCAUCUUCUGCAACUGCCAGAGCCUGGCUGACCAUUGGUUGACCUUGGAAGUGGCCCACAAGAAGGACGAAGACCCACAUCGGGCACGUCUGUUGCAGUUCUGGGCCCCCGACGUCGACGUCGCCGACACCACAAUGGAUACCGCGGCCCAGGGCGCUGUGGCGGUGUCAGCGCUGUGGCUUUGGGCGGCGCUUGCAGAGAAGCCCCAGGAGGUGCUGGCAGAGCUGGUGGCCACAGGGGAACCUCUGCAUCAUCGGACUGCGGCGGCUUUGGCGCUUGGACGUUUGGAGGAGGCCGUCAGCAUCUACCUGACGAAUGAGCUUUUCGCGGAGGCUUUGCUUUUGGCGCGGCUCCGGUUGCCCUUUCGACAUCCGCUCGUGCUGCACGUCUACCGGAGCUGGGCGCAAGACUUGCUGCGACGCCAGCGCCACGACCAGGCCGCACUCUGCUUCUUGGCCACCAAGGAGUUUGGCCGAGCACUUGCGUGCCUGGAGGACUGGCUGAGCAGCUCCAAUGCGCUCGGUCGCCGGCUGGGGCCAAACCCCUUACGGAUGGCGGGUGCCUUCGCGGCCGCGUGCUGCGCGCAGCGGCUGGUCAAGGCCGAGAAGUUGAGGGAUGCCGAGAGUGGUGAGGAUGGUGACUGCGACACCACGUUGGCCUUCGACCACCGGAGUUGGUGGGGCUUUCCUGAGCUCCGGGCUGCGGUGCAGGCAUGGAAGCGAUACAUGGUGGAGGCGCUCUUCACAGGCGAUGCUUCGGCAGCCUUGAGGAUCGCCCGCGUGGGUCCCCUGCACCGGGAUCUCUCUCCGGGCGAGCGGUUCCUGCGCGGCGUCUUCUCGGGCUAUGCCUCGGGCAUGGCGUGGUGGCUGCAGCUGGGAGAAGAAGGAGAUUGGUCAGAGGCAGAAUGUCCGUUGGCAGCCUUUGUGGGGACCGGUGCAUCGAUCGCUCUGGGCGUGUCUGAGGACAUCGAUUGGGACUUCGAGUGGCGUGCCCUCACCUGGUUGCCGGCCUGGACUUCAGAAGAGGAGUUUCUGCUCACCGCAACGGUGGAGCUGGGCCGCGCCUGUGAGGCGUGGGCCUCCGGCGGCCGCAACGCCGAGGCUCCUCGGACACAUCUCCACAAAGCCAUCAACGCUUUGAUGAAGGGGGCCAAAGCACAAUCCACGCCUGAAUCGUUGGAGGGACUUCAGCAAAUCACUUUGCCCUUAAAGCGCCUGGCAGCGCUCCUGAGGUCCGAUGCGAGAGGCUCUCUCUGUGUCAGAGCCGCAGCUUCCGGGCCCGAGCGGUGCGGCGGCGGCGAAGACGGGCCGGUGACGAAGACUGUGGAGCUAAUGCUGCAGCAAAUGCGAGAUCUAGGAGAAGGAUCUGCUGCGAAAGAUGAGGAGGACGCCUUAGAGGGGGGCGAUUCCUGGGAGCCCUUGGGCCGUGUGCUCUUUGGCCGUCCCAAUACCAAACUUGCGGAGAUCUUUUGCCUGGGCCGUGAGUAUCAAAGGCUGAGGUGGAAUGCCUCACGGAAGGCUAUCAGUGAUGAGGAGAUGCCGCUGUCUGCUCUAGAAGAGCUUCAAGAGCUUGUUCCGAAGCUUCCUCUGGACCUGGUGCCCGAUGCUUGGGUCGUCUCAGAGCAACUUCAGCAGGCGGUUCUGGCAGCGGCCAGCAGCUGUGGGUUGAAAGGAGUGGCCUCAGGGAUGUUGCAGGAGGACGAGGACGACUCUUCCCCUGAAGCGAUGAUCGCCAAGUGCGUGCGAAGGCUUUCGGCGCUUCACAGGAGCUGCGGGGUGCCAGGGCUGGUUCCGCUCGCUGUCUCUGGCUGGUUUUCCGAGUGGCUUGCGACAGCGCCUGAGGAGCUGCCAGAGGAUGAUGUGGAGGAGGACUUGUUGGAAGGUCCCGCGGCCAUCACCAGCGAGCUUCUGGAGCAGCUGGCCGAGCUGCUGCCGCAGUGUUGGAAGACCGAAGACAGCAGCGACCACUCCGUCGCUCCCGAGUUGCUGAGUCUGGAGGCCUUCGAGCACUUGAAGUGGUCCAGUCGACUGUCGCUGGCCAAGCAGAUCUCAUCUGCAUGCCAUGGCGCGGCAGCGUUGCUCCGAGAACUGGAGGCGCCCGAGAAAAAGGAGCCGAGUGGCUGCGGUCCGCGAGCGGUGCGGUCAUCGAUGCUGGACCGGACCCCGUAG